CAAUACGGCCAUCACGGAGCAAUAGCCAACUCAUCUCUGAUAGUGCCAGAACGCAUUCGAAAAGACUCCAGAAGUGACGAGAAACAGCAAGCCCGCCAACGGAAGUAGUAAAGAAGGCGCAUUCGGAGGUGACAUACAAUCGCCUGCGCAUCCCAUCAACCAUCAGUCUCGCACGAUCAUUCAAUCUAUCGCAUAACACAGCGCAUCGAUCCUGCAUCAUCUCACUUUAACACUGUUGAAGUGCAAGGAUAGCACGCGACAGCCGCCAUGUCGAACAUCAUCACUGGCGAGAUCUACGAAAAGAUCAUCCAAGAAGUUAUCAGCGCCUCGCAGAAUGAUUUCGAAGAGAACGGUGUUCAGCAGCAGACCUUGAUGGAACUGCAACAGGUUGGUCAUGUCUUUCCUUCCACUUCACCUGAUUUCAUUACCCACAUCCUUGCGGCAUACUCCCCAGAAGCUUUUCAUGCGUUGCUUGUAAGGUCUGGUGGUUGGGAGGAUUUUCAGUCAGUAUUGGCUGAGUUGGCUGCUGCCUGCGAAGCUGAAGCGCGCAACGAAAGAGCGGCGGGGCGCGGGGCUUAAGGCUCAGAGACAUGCCCUCCAGGACCCCAAUUUUAUACUGCUUGGUCUGAGCGCUCAAAUGCCCCGAAGUUUUACCGAAGCAUCUAAUCAGCUGAUAUGGGUUUACGUCCUCGCACUAACACAGUCGAUAGUCAUGGCAGCACAAGAUGUCGCAGCGCGGUGUCGCGCAGAUGCCUU